CUCGUCGCUCGCUUCGCCUCCUCGAGUCGAAUCCCAUCCGCCACGAGGCCACGCGCCGCCGGCUAGGGUUUCCGCCGGCAUUCGACGGUGAUCGCCCCCACGCCGCCACCGGGAGCGCCUCCCCGCGUCCGCACGAGCAAUGGCCAUGCAGGUUGGGGAUUCAGUUGCUCCUUUGAGUCCACAAAUGAUUGGAAAUGCGUUUGUGCAACAAUACUAUAAUGUUCUCCAUAGUUCACCGGGUCAAGUCCAUAAGUUCUAUCAUGAUUCAAGUACCCUUGGUCGACCAGAUUCUAAUGGAGCUAUGACAUCUGUAACCACAAUAUCUGGUAUCAACGAUGAAAUUCUCUCUACAGACUUCAGCAGUUGUUUGAUAAAGUUAGAGAAUGUGGAUGCACAGUCAUCCCUCAGCGGUGGUGUGCUCAUUUUGGUCACAGGAUCUUUUGAUCAUCAUGGCACUGUGAACCGUAAAUUUAGCCAGUCAUUCUUCCUUGCUCCACAAGAAAGCGGAGGCUAUUUUGUUCUGAAUGAUAUGCUAAGAUAUUUACCGGAAACACCAUCAACUGAGAUAAAAGAUUCUUUGGACAACCAUGUUGAUGAUAACACUCACAGUGUGACCACAUCUGAGCCAGAGACUUCUGGCAAUGUGAAUGAGACUGCAGAUUUGGAACUUCCAUCUGCUGAGAAUGUCAAUGACAAAGUUGAAAAUCUGCCUGCCAAUGACAAUUCUCCCAAAGAAAAUGUUAUUAUGGCAUGCACAGAAGUGGUUAGUCAGAGUGCUGAGAGUAUUCCCGAGCCCACACCUGCUCCUCAUGCUUCAGCUCAGAAAGAUGUUACUAAGCAGUCAUAUGCAUCAAUCGUUAAGGUCACAAAGGAGAGCACAGCAACUCUACCUGUUGCAAAGCCCAAGCCUAAGCCCAAACCAAAAUCAACUGCAAAGGUGGCUGACAAUGCGGAGAAAUCUGUGUCCUCACCUGUGAUUCCUCAUGCAACUGAUACCACUUCUCCAAAAGACAAAACUGUUCUUGUUGAGCAUGGGUAUUCUGUUUUCGUGAAAAACUUGCCCUGUAAUUCUACUGUAAAAGCUAUCGAGGAGAAAUUCAGCAAAUUUGGUGCUAUCAGACCUGGUGGUAUUCAAGUUCGUAACCGUCAGCCUGAUGGAUUCUGCUUUGGCUUCGUUGAAUUUGAGUCUCGGCAAUCCAUGGUAGCAGCAAUUGAGGCAUCUCCAAUUACUAUUGGUUCAAAAGAUUCUAUUGUUGAGGAGAAACGGACCACAACACGAGUUGUUAAUGGUGUCACCCAUGCUGAAAACAAUGGCAUUGCUCGGGGUGGUCGGUUCCAGCAAGACAGGGGUGGAUACCGUGGGGACAACUUCAGGGGACGAGAAGCAGGUUUCAUGAACGGUAACUACCGUGAUGGUGAUAACAUGAGGAAUGGAUUCAGAAAUCAGAAUGAGUACUCAGGGCAUGGUCGAGGGCCACAGGGGAAUGGAUACCAUCAGAAUGGUAAUGGUUACCAUCAGAACGGUAACGGAUACCAUCCGAACGGGAACAGAUACCAGAACAGGAAUGGAUACCACCAGAAUGGAGAUGAGUACUAUCAGAAUGGUAAUGCAUUCCGGCAUAAUGGAACUGGAUACUAUCAAAACGGGAAUGGCUAUCGUCAGGAGCGCUCCUUCCACAAUGGGAAUGGUAAUGGUCGGUCUGGCCGCUUCAAUGGACCCAGGCAAACAGCAGUUCAAGUUGAAGCAUAAGCAUAUGGGUGUUUCUUUUUGUCUGAAUCCAGCAAAGUAGAAAAUUAGGUGCUAUCCCCCACCCCCACACCACCCCCAAGAAAAGAGAAGAAAGUCCUUUUCUCAAUCCCGUGCUCAUCUAGGAACACCUUUUGAACCCUAUUUGGCUGCGACAAAGUUAAGUCUCAGUCCUUGUUUUGCCUCGAUGCUUUUUCUGACUAGCUGCCAUGUUCAUGAUAAACUUUCACACCAGAAAGUGUAAUUUUGGAAAGGUUGGAGCUAACUUGCUAGGUUCCUGUGGAGACUGGAGAUAAGCUAUCUAUAUAUGCUUUAGUAUUUAUGGCUGUUACCUUGAUGUCAUAUUGUGAUGUUUAUGUAUUUUCAUGAGAUAUUGUUGUUUAUCUUGGUGAUAACGUAUCGUUCUAGCGUGGUUUGAU